UUUUAUUAGGCAAAUGUUAGAUUGAGGCGGAGAUGGAGAGAGUGUGUGUUGCGAUCGGAACGGAGGGGUUGGACGGCUUCUCGACGCUGCAGUGGGCCCUGCGCCGUUGGGCCAAUCAUCGCAUCCGAAUACUCAUCCUUCAUGCACCAAACGCCUCCUACAAACACUACGUCUACACGCCAUUUGGGAAGCUGCGGAGCACCUCAGUCAGCGAGAACAAGUUGAAGCUUCUCGACAAAACCGAGGAAGCCAAGACGGAUGCAAUCCUUGCUCAAUACAUAGCCUUUUGCGGCAAGGUUGAGGCAGAGGUGAUGAAAAUAGAGAUACAUGAUGAGAAGCCUUUGCACAAGCAUAUAGUGGAAGCCAUUUCAAGCCUCGGGAUAUCCAAACUAGUCCUCUCAUUGGCCUACAUCAAGGCUUCAUCACCGAAAUCGAGGGGGGCGAUAAGCGGGACGUUCUAUGUCCUUCGCAAUAAGCCUAGAUCGUGCGAGGUGUUUGUGAUAUGCCAAGGCCAGAGAGUCGUUUUGAGAGACGAGGAGGAAGAUGACAAGGGUGUUACGAGGAUGUUUACAGACACGUCUGCCCCGGCCCGGUGGGAGAACUGCAGGGAUGAAAUGGAGCAGUAUGCAGAUGAAUUGCUGUCUCUGCAUCAAGUUGAAGGAGAGAUGGAUGUAGGUUGUUUAACACAAAUAAGCAUACCACAAAAUAUGGGUGCUGCAGCGAGAAUCGAGCAUCUCGAACGCACAAUGCGGGAUGCACAAGGCACAAUCCAGCUGAACAGGAAGAUAGCAAAUAUUGCUAAAGUGAGGCGCGAGAAGGCGAAAAGGGCGACUAUCAUAUGCAAUGCACGGGCUGAGGAGCUUCAGACCUGCAUCCAAGCAGAAAUCCUAAAGAAGGUUGAACUUAACAAAACACUCGACAGCACGAGGGAGGAAAUACUGGAACUUGAGUGCGAACUGCACGAGAAAAGAAGCAAGCUCGACUCGAAUGUUGAGCUUCAGAAGGAACUCUCCCUCAAGCUUCAUCAGUCAUCAUCUGCUAGAGCAGGUGCUGACCUUCAGCUAGAGAAGGCAGUCAAAACAAGAGCUGAAAUGGUGACAGAAAUCGAGGAGCUCAGAAAGCAGAAGAAUGUCUUACAGCGCAGGAUCGAGUUCUGCAUAGAAAAGGAUGCAAUAGCAAAAGUAUCAAGAUCGAAUGGCUCUGGAUUCGGUUUCAGAGAGUUCUCUCCUGAAGAAAUAAUAGCUGCCACUGAAGAUUUCUCAGAGCGUUUCAGGGUGAAUCGUGGGAAGAAUGUGUAUAGGGGCCGAAUCAAUCAAUUAGCGGUCGCUAUUAAAUUGCAUGAUCCAGCAGACGAGCAGUCCCUGGAAGAUUUCACAAACAAGGUGAAACUUCAUAGUCAAGUACAGCACCCUAAUAUACUAGCUAUGAUCGGCUUCUGCUCUCAGCGGAGCUGUAUCGUUUAUGAGUACAUGCACAACGGUACCUUACAUGAUGCAUUGUUUUCAACUGGAAGAAGCUGGAAACGAAAGCACCAGCCUCUAGCCUGGCAUGCUCGGGUACGUAUUGCAGCUGAAAUCUGCUCAGUUAUAGGUUUCCUUCACAAGGUCAAGCCUAAUCCAAUUGCCCAUGGUAACUUGAAACCCUCCAAGAUUCUCCUAGAUAGGUUUGAUGUUGCAAAAAUAUACGGCCUAAAGUGUCCUUGGUCGUACGACAAGCCUGAUAUCACAUUAGACAUCCGGGCUUUUGGGAAUUUGGUGUUGCAACUUCUGACAGGUAAUUACUGGAGUGCAAUAGGGGAUCCUGCUGCAGCAAUUGAAAAUUUGGAUGGUACGGCUGGAGAAUGGCCGAUGGAUUUGGCUAUUGAACUUUCCAAUAUCGCAAGUAGGUGUCUGUCUAAGAACAUAGCUGAAGAAUUCAUCACAGCAAUGUUGGUAACAGAUAUGAAUGAUGUAAAGAGAAGAGCUGACCAGCUAGUCGGCAACAGAGAGUCAUCUGUGCCUAGUGAAAAGGCUGCUGGAGCAGAGGACUCGUGCAAUGUCUCUGAAGUUUUCUUUUGUCCGAUCUAUCGGGAAGUGAUGCAGAAUCCACAUCUUGCUGCAGAUGGCUUUUCCUACGAAUUGGAAGCCAUCGAGGAGUGGCUGAAAACAGGACAUGAUACAUCACCCAUGACUAACUUAAGGCUGAAGCACAAGCUCCUAGUUCCAAAUCACACUCUGCGGUCUCUCAUUGAGGACUGCAGAAAAAAAAGAUAGACUGCAUCCGUAUCGCCAAGGAACUGAAGGUGUUAACACUCCACUGUCACAUUACAUUCUUUUUUUUUCAGUGAAAAUUAUAUAUUCUGUGACGGGAGCUAGGAAGAAACCCCUACCUGUAUAUUAGACAAACAAUGAAGGAACACUCAAACUGGAGAGAAGAACAAUCAGAGUUAGGCAUAAAAGUACUUUUUUUUUUCUGGAUCC